GAUUCUCUGUCAAGCCAAACGCCGAACGUUCCUUUUAUCGAUAUAAAAAGACUUUCUAACCUACUGUAAGUCUUGUUUAUAUUAUUUUUCUGUCUUUUCAUUGUGAACAUUAAUUAACUGGAUUAAAACGAUAUAAGUGAAUUUUAUUGUCUCUAAGAACGGAUUUUUAUAGGUAUCUUAAUUAAAAAAUAGCUGUAAAUACAAAUAAAAAGCGCAAUGACACCGCCUAUGGAAAGAAUUCAGAUUUUGGAGACUAUCGAGAAGGAUAUUGUAGUAUGUUUACAAUGUGCAGGACAAGCUUGCAUGGAACUGAGUAAAGAGAAAUCAAGCUUAAAGCAGGCAGAAUCACAGACGCAUCAAUUUUUAAAAACACUAGCACAGUUGGAGUCCAAAUUGAGCGAACAAAUUAAUUAUCUUACACAGGUUUCUACAGGUCAACCGCACGAAGGUUCUGGAUAUGCAAGUCAGAAAGUAUUACAAAUGGCAUGGCAUAGAUUGGAACAUGCACGAAGUAGAGUUAAUGAAUUGGAACGUAUAAAAAAUAAGUUACGAUGAAUAUAUAACUUUUCUUACUUAAAAUGUCAAACUGUAAAUAUAAAUAACAUUAAUAUAAUUUAUGAGCCAUUUCUUCUAAAUACAAAUUAUUUGAAUAAA